GCCGGGGCAGCCCAGGGAGGCCCGGCGCUCUUCCGUCUCCUGCAGCAGCAGCAGCAGCUCCUCCUCCUGGGCCAGAGCGGCAGGGAAGGUGCGCGUCGGUAACCAGGAAGCGGCGCCAAGAAGCGGCUCUAGUCAGGCAAGCGGGGCUGGGCCUGGUCUUGGCGGCCUGGCAUGGAGGGCGGCGGCGGAGGCUGCGGAGGGCGUGAGGUGAGCACCGGGGUCGCGAAAGGGGGGGCGGGCAGAAAUGGAGGCCGCUAGCCUGGGGGGAGGCUGGAGGGGUUGCUAAGCGAGGGCCGGGGAGGGAGAGGCCUAGAAGCGAAGCAGUAAGGCCGGAAGAAAGCGAGGAGGAGGAGGAGAUGGCGUCCCUUGGCCCUACUCCCCCCCGCCGCCGCCGCCUUGUGCCCUUCCAAAAAAGAAGAAAGGAAAGCACGGGGCGUGGGGAGUUGUUUCCCGAGGGGGCGGAUCCUGCUCCUUCCCACCGCCCAACGAUCAGAAGCAAAACCCCAAGGGGAAGGCAUGGAGGAUCCUCCAUCUGAUCCCAUGGCGAGGUUGGUUGGGGGCCGAGGCAGCAACCGGUAUAGGAGAGCCCGCGGCUGCUAUCCUUUCACAGUGUGUGAAACUGCAGGUAUCAUCUAGACUAGAAUAUGGGACUGCAGGUAAGCCCCGCCCCCAUGAUCGAUCACAAUAUGUGGCACUACUUGAAUGGCAAUGCCCAUCAACUUUGGGGGGGGGGCAGCCCCUCAAGUGUUUUAUGGGGGGGGCUGAAGGGAUCUUGGCUGGUAUUGGGCUGAUGGGAAGAGGAUCCCAGUUUCCUCACUCCCCUCCGCUCAACUAUGGGCGGACCUGACUCAAGCCUCCUUUUGGUAACGAGCUGAAAUCACCCUCCUCCACGAAAGGUGUUGCAUUUACAGACAUUUCCCCCCAUCCUCAAAUAAAGAGUGUUCAGCUUAACUGAUCUGUGUGUGGACAAUACAAAACUAGGAGCAGGGCUUACGUGGAUGCAAGAUUCAAACAACAGAGAACGAUGGAGAGAACUUGGAUGAGGCAUAUAACCAGAAAUGAAUGUGAGAUGCCGUAUAAAGGAAGAUGAUGAUCUGUUGUUAAAUGAUCCUGAUCAAAGAUUCUUAUUGAUAUGGGGAGAGGUGCUCUGCUGAGACACACCAGCCCUACUCAGUAGAAAAGCUCAUAAGUGGAAAAGGUGCAUGAGCGAAGGUGCACCGAUUAGCAGCUACCCCGACAUCCUACACCCCUUGCAGGGUGCUCACUUAGCAACUUCAGGGAGGAAGCUUUCGCAAAUACUGCUAUUCUCCUUGGUGUAUCCAUGUUGUUCUAGGAACCUGUAUGGCAAUGCUCUAGAUUGCUUGGGUGUCUUUAUGCAUUGACUAAUUUUGGGAAAGUUCCCUCCAGCAAGCAUCUUACACGGAUGUCAAUGUACAUUCCUUGGGAAACAUCUCCAUCUUUUCUGAUCUGAAUUCUGAUUGGCCAGAGACUCUUUGUCACCUGCAAGUUUCUGGAGGGAAAUUGUAUUGUAAUCCUUGCUUUUACUUCCUGUCAUUAAAUGGCUCAUCCAUCCAUCUCUGUCAUCAAUGAGAUCACCCUUUAUUUUAGAGCCUACGCCUUCCAGUGACUUUCCUAUUACUUUUAAAAGAAGACUUUUAAGUGUGUGUGUGCAUAUACAUAUAACAUUCCUAAAUAUAUUGUAGUGAAAGUACUAAUAUUUAUAUGUAAUGAUUAAUAUUCACAUUCUAUGAAUCUGUCAUUAUGGUAUGAAGUUAACAUUCAAAAUAUCAUCUGAAACUGAUUAUGAUACAUUCCUUCAUUAAUAGUGCAGAGAUUUCCAUAAAUAUUCAUACUAGGGAGCAAUGUUUUUUCCAGCCUAUCUAAAUUCCUUAUUGCCUCCUUUCCCCAUCUUGGUUUUCAGUCAUAUUUGUUUCUUCAGCUUAAUUAGGAAGCAGAAGCCAGUGCUAAUCCAAAAGGAAGCUUUUAAAAAAUACUAAGAAGGUGAAAUCAGCCUUUGGCUCAGAGGCUCUCUGCAAAGGCUUGCCUACCUUUGGUCACCCUGCCCCUUUUUUAAUUGCUGUCAGAAACUGUUCUCAGCUGUGACUGUACACGUGUGACUGAACUUGUUUCUCUGUUGUCUUCCUUCCUUGGGACACUCAUUAAUAGUGUUUCAUUCAUCCAAGACAGAAGGGAUGCUAACCAACCAAUUCCUAUUUCAUUUCCUUAGGCCCUUUUCAGUUCCUUAGUCCAGUUGUCUCUCACUCCUUGUGUUAGUUCAAACCUUAGUCAUUUGCAUUCAAGCUCCCCCCGCAUUUUAAGCCCGCACUGCUUUCUGCCUGAUUCACUAGUGGCCACCUUCAUUCCAUAUAAGACAAGCUCUGCUUAGCUCUGUGUAAUAGGAAGAGACACAGGAUAAUAGGAUAAGACACAGGUUCAUGUGUACUUUUGUAUACAGUGGUAGCUCGGGUUACAUACGCUGAAGGUUACAUAUGCUUAAGGUUACAGACUCCGCUAACCCAGAAAUAGUACCUCGGGUUAAGAACUUUGCUUCAGGAUGAGAACAGAAAUCGUGCUCUGGCAGUGCAGCGGCACCGGAAGGCCCCAUAAGCUAAAGUGGUGCUUCAGGUUAAGAACAGUUUCAGGUUAAGAACAGACCUCCGGAACGAAUUAAGUACUUAACACGAGGUACCACUGUAGAUGCAUAAGUUGAUAUGUUUGACCAUGAACUGGGAUGUGGGAUUAUGUGCUCCCUCAUUGUUGUUUAUUUAUUUUUGCCCUAAUUCCCAUCACGUUCACACAUGGGUAGGAAUGCAAAUUACUCAGAGGCUUGGAUUAAAUGCUUCCAUUACUUUUUUUGUUUUUUUGUAUAUGGCAGAUGGUUUAUAACAGGAAUACAUAUUGUAAAUUGCAAAUAAGCAACAUCCUCUCUUAAGAAUACAAUGUUUUCAGGUAAAAUAUUUCUUAUGAAAUAUGUUAAUUGUUCAUUAACAGUGUAAAAAUCAUAGCCACGGUCCCCUUGGCCAUCAUGGACAUAGCUGGUCUAACAUGUAUGAAGAAAAAGAUCUACCAAAAGAACAAGAUGUGCUUCCUUUUGCAGAGGACUACAGUAAUUUUGAUAUUGUCAAAGCAACUCAGUAAGUUUCUUGAAUAAUUCACGUGUUAUAAAGUAAUGCAUUGAAUUUCAGCUACAGUAUGUUGUAUAAGUGAGCAAGGUACUAGUAACCAGCAUUUAAAUAUGUUGUGUGUGUGUGUGUGUGUGUGUGUGUUAGCCUAGCUAUUUCUCUCCCUGUUGCUCAAAAAUGAUUUGUUUCUCAUAGGAAAGUCUUCCCCUCCCCUGCUAGAUUGUGUUUUUUAUGCUUUCCUGGAAUAAAAGUUGCAUUCCAGAGACUCUGUGUUGGUGCGUGUAAUAUAUUGUAUUGUCCACUCUUACUGUCAGAUUUAGACAUAAUGAUGACUUAGAGUAAAGCUAUAACUCCUUGCCAUUCAAAUUUAUCUUACUCUGAUUUCAGAUAUGGCCUGUUGGAUCGGUGUCAGGAAUUGGUAGAAGCAGGGUAUGAUGUAAGACAGCCAGACAAAGAAAAUGUUACUCUUCUUCACUGGGCAGCAAUCAAUAAUCGGCUUGAUCUUGUAAAGUAAGUAUUGUCAGUGAUUGCAUGUGUAAGGACUUUGGACUGUAUAUAAAUGAAACAGAUAAAAAAAUUGUUUGGUAUUUUUCUUUGUAAUGUGUUAAAUUAUCUAAUUGAAUAUUAUAUUAGAAUGCUAAUAAAUUCUAAUGAUUAAGUGGCCUACAAACACCUUAAAUAAAUAAAAUAUGUUGCUUAGUUUUAGAAAUACCUGUCCAUAUUGUGCAUUAGUUAUGCCUGUGAAACUUCAUUUUAUUACUAUUCACAUUUGUUAGUGUGACCUUUGUGAGGCUUCUGAGUCUUAAGAUCAAAUAUAAUUGAUAUAAUGGCUACAGAUAAUAUAAAAAAUGUUAGUUUUCAGUAACUGUAGUUUUGUUAUUUGCCUUACUUUGAAUUGUGGGUGGAAUCCAAAUAGCCAUUUGCAUGAGUCAGAUAUUUAAGUUGAUAUUCUGCACAAGGCAAGAAUCUGACUGCUAGGAGAAACUUUCAUAAUCAAGACACUGUUUCUUAUACUUUAACAGAACCCCUGAUAUAUUGUGACACUGCACUGCAGAAAGCCACCUGUAAACUCUUGUGUAAGGGCUGGUGCAUUAUUCAGUUAUUUUUCUUCCACUGAUUAUUCUUGGAUCAAGCAUAUGUGUUCUGCCUUCCACUAAACUACUUCAUAGAAAACAUGGCUCUUUAAAAUUUUCAAAACUUUUUGCAAAAUGCUUUGUGAUGGAGGUUAUCAGUUAGCCUCAUUUUGAAUGUUCAGAGCAGUCCCGGUUCAGUCAGGGUAAAGACAACAUACUAUUAUAUUUUGAGAUCAGCUAACCAGUAAAAGCAGUGCUAAAUCUUUUAGCCUGCCUGACUGGUGCUGCUUCUUCCAGAUGCCGCCUUUGAGUACGCAGAAUGCCAAACAAUACCAUGAUAUUUGUCAAUUAGCCACGUGUCUUUUUACAAGCGUAUGUUUUUGUUUUUAUACGUUUGUACUUUGCUGUGUCAUAUAAUAAUGGAAAACUAGGCAUAAACUAACUCUAAUAACAACCAACCAAAACAGAUUAAGAACCAAACGCUCAAAAUACAUUGACAAAAGGACCCAAAGGCCUAUUGUAAUAAAAAUGCCUAUCUAAAGAUGAGCCCAUGCUGACCUUUCUUGGGAGGCUAUUUCUGACUCUUACUGCCAUUACAGGAAAUCUCUCGACCCUUUCCCCUGUCUGCUGCAUCCUUAAGGGUCAAAGUACAUGGAACAGGGACUCUGAUAGCAACUUAGUGUUUGUGCCGGUUCAUUUGGGAGAACAACCUUGCAAUUAAGGCCAGGAAAGGAUUUUGUCACUCCUUCCAAGUUUAAGGAGACCACUGGCUUAAUCUAGUCAAGCCUCCUAUUUCCCAGAAUGUCCAGCCAGGUGCCUAUGGGAAGCCCACAAGCAGGUCUUAAGGGCAAUAGCACUCUCUGCUGUUGUUCCCCAACAACAGCAGAGAGUGCCAUUUAUGUUAGUAUCUCAGGUGUGUAUUAAAAUAUUUGCAAGAACUUGUUCCUUCUCACACCCAAAGUGGUAUACUUCUAGCUAUUAAAACUACCAUGAUAACCACUGAAUGGUUAUUUUUCAGAAUGCAUUUUGGGUGACUGAAGAAAAAGUCAUCAUUUUGACAGUGUUUAAAUUUCUGUUUUUUAUAAGACUGUCUUGCCAAUUCUUGAAUAAAUUUGUUUCUAAAAUCUACUGUGGGCAAAUGUUCAGCGAACGAUCCACUUUAGAACAAGCAUUCAGUUUUAUUUAUACAUUGUCGUUUUGUUUGUUUGUUACCACAGGUUCUUUAUUUCCAAAGGUGCAGUGGUGGAUCAACUAGGAGGUGAUUUAAAUUCCACUCCACUUCACUGGGCUGUUAGGUAUGGAAUUAAUGAAGAGCGAAUCAUGCUUUAGACUUCCUGAGUGUAUGCAUGUUACAUGUGAUGCAAGAGGGAAACAUAGUUUUGCUUUUGUGAAAAUUAUGUUGCUAGAAAGGUGUAGUUUUCACUCUCUUGUUAUCUCCCCUGAUCCAUACAUAACUACUAAUUUUAUAUAACUACUAAUUUGUUUCUCUCUCAUCUCAUUUGUUUCUCUAUUCUUUUCUUUCACCUCAGUUGUUGGCAAAAAGUCAGCUGACCAUAAAAAUAAGAAACACAAACAAAAGGCAAAGUUGUUGCCCAGGUUUAAUGGUUCAUUCAAUUUCAGGAUUUUAAUACAGUUUUCCAAAUAAGCACAAUAUUUUUUUAUUUAUUGCAUUAAUUAAUUAAUAUGCCAGUCUUCAUCUGAAGUUCACAGGGUGGUUUACAACAUAAAAAUACGCAAUGAGAACACAAAAUCUGUUAGGAGAAAAACACCAAUAGCCCCCCCCUUGGGAAAAAAAAUUAAAAGGCCAUAGAAGGUUAAUCACCAAAGGUCUGAUUGAAGAGAAACAUUUUCACUUGUCAUCUAAAGAUAUGUAAUUAAGGCGCCAGGGAAGCCUUCCUGGUAAGAGUAUUCCACAAACAAGGAGCCACCUCAGAAAAGGUCCGUUCUCAUGUUGGCACCCUCCAAAUCUCCAGGUUGGUUCAUAUGGGGAGAGGCAGCCCUUGAGGUAUUGUGGUCCCGAGCCAUUUAAGGUUUUAUAAGUCAAAAACAGUACUUUGCAUAGGGCCUGGAAACUAAUUGGCAGCCAGUGCAAUUGGGCCCUAUUAGGUUAGGCUGUGAGCUGGUGACUGGCCCAAGGUAAGCUACAUGAAUAAAUGUGAAUUUGCACCUGGUUUACUAUGUACUAGUCAAACACUUCUACACCCCACAAUAUAUAUACACCCAGAAAAAAAGGAAGAUAGCCAAGUUCACAGAAUUGACAUUCUCAUUUGAAACCAAAUUAUUGCUAAUAUGUCCAUUCAAAAAUUCCAUAAAUAAAUAAAGUAAGUCUGUGGGUAGAAUUCAACAUAGCACAACCAUUCUAUGUGGGAACCUCAGUGCUUGCCAGAUGAAACCAUUCCUGCUCUCCUACCCCAGGGGCAUGUUGUUCUAAGGGCUCUCCUGAUGCCUCUAAGCCAGUUUCCGGGGGGCACAAGACAGGGUGAAAAAGUCACAUUGUACAAGUGAAAAUCCUUUUGCAGGGCUCCUGCUGAUGGGGCUGGUUAGGUGAAUCCAGCCCAAUUUUCCAUCUUCGUUUCUUAUUCUAAUCUGAUCAGUGCUUCAUCAGUUACUGUACCUCACACAGUCACUUAGCAAUAGGAAUAUCUCUCUUCUUCCAUUUGCUAGUGACUAAUAGUGUGGCUGCUAUCAAUAAUUUUUGUGCUAAUAAUUGUAAUUCCAAAUUACAGUUUUAAAGCCGGCAGUUGGCAGUAUCAAUGUUUCUCUUUUCCAUAAGAAAUGAUGCAUUAUAUUUUCUAUAUCAGCUAGUGUUCUAAAACUAAACACUUCUGUCUCUUUCCAGACAAGGGCAUUUGUCUAUGGUCAUACUGUUGUUAAAAUGUGGAGCAGACCCAACUCUAAUUGAUGGUGAAGGAUAUAGCAGCUUGCAUUUAGCUGUGCUUUUUCAGCACAUGCCCGUCAUAGCUUACCUCAUAUCAAAGGGUCAGGUAUGUUCUUAGUAUGAUAAUAUUACACCGGGCACUUCCUUUGUGUGGGUGCUAUUAUGAGAUGAAACCUUACUGAUGACUUGAAUCCUAAUAGUGGUACUGUUAUGAAAUCCCAUUUCAUAGCUGCACAAAUAAAAGUAAAUCACUACAUCCUGCCACAGAUGUUUACUUCCUUUUGCAACAGCCUUUUGGAUGAGUCUAUUUAAUUUUCCAGUUUCGUUUAGAGAUCCAACUGCACAAACUGCUGUUAUUCUAGCUUGAUAACCAGAAGAGUCUGGUACUGCAUCUCAACCUCUUAGCCUUUGUUUCAGUGCUCAACAUGUCAAUUUGAAGAUUUCUUUAUCUGUCAGCCCAAUUCAUACAAUCAUACUUAGUCGAUUUAAAAAGUGCAUCAAAAUGCAUGUUUUUUUCUCAGAUCCCAUACAUAUCAGUUUCUUCCCAUUUUCAUCACUGAUAACAUUGCAAAAUGCAGCUGCUGAAGUAGGAUCUUGAACCACUGAUGAAUUUGUUUUAAAGAAUUGCCAGCUUGGGGCAAGGCUGAAAAAUCCUCCUAGUAAUAUUAGUGGUUUUUUAGAUGCACCAAACCGCUUCUGCCAGCACAUCUUAUUUUCAUUUAAUAUAAUUUAUUAUUUAAUACUUUAUGCUGUAAUACUUAAUAGUCUAACAAAAAAUGACAGUUGAAGGUAAGCCACUCAGAUAUAUCACUUUUUCCUAUUAAUGUCUCUGGUUUGGUGUGUAUAUUUAUAGAAAAUAAAGUUCCCAGAGUGUGCUGUGCUGCUUUUUAGUGGUACCAGUUCUAGAACUCCCAGUUCAUGAGAACAAUUGAUACAUAUCAUAUAUAUCAGAGUAAGAAAGGCAGGGCCUGUGGGCCAUACAAAAAUGUUAUUCAGCUGUAAAUGUUCAAUGAAAUAAGUAGCUUAAUUUAAUUUGAUGCAGGAUUGUCAAUUUAUGGCUCUGUUUGUACAUCUAGCUUAGGCUUUCAUUUCCUGAAAUGGUAAUAUCUUUUCAUUUUUAGAGUGUAGAUACAACUGAUCAUAAUGGACAAACACCUCUUAUGCUGUCAGCACACAAAGUAAUUGGGUAAGUAAUGAUUAUAAUUAAGGUGCUGUAUAAUCGUAAAAUGUUUAUUUUGAAGUGAGUUGCGCUGAUUUCACUGAGACCUCUCCUGAAUAAGUAUGCAUAGGAUUGCAGCAUUUAACCUGUAUUAUUUCAAAACAGCUCAAAUAUUUCAUGAAGAAAUACCAAGUGACAUAUUCAUUACCAAAGCAAUUGUUCAGAGUUUAUUUUAUAAUGGAAAAUAUGAUGAGUUCCCAUAAGUGUAACUGUCAUGAAAUCAAUACAUCCGUGUUGAACACUUAUUUCUCUACUGCAGGCGAAACCAUUUUGACAGAUAAUAUCAUAAUCCUAAGUAUUUCUGUCUCUUCUCCUUUCUGUAAUUUUGCUAUUUCUCAUAAGCUGCUUAUAACUUUUUCUACCGUGUACAAAUUCUUCUUUAAAUAGGCAAACAUGUAUAUCUAUUCACCAUGCAUCCUGUCCAGCUCAACGAUACCCCUUCUCUGAUCUUGAAAUGCUUUCCUCUGUCAAAAACACAGAAAAAUGAUUGCAGUCAUGAAUCUUCUAUGUCCUGCGCUGAAUAUCUUACUUCAGAUGUUUAGAUGUCCUUAUUCCAAAGUGACUCAAAAAAGAGUCCUGUGGUACUUUAAAGAUUAACAGAUUGAUUAUGCCAAAUUUAUUAAGACUUUUUAAAUCUUAAAUGUACCACAUUCUUCUGUUUGCAGUAACAGGUUAACAUGAGUACACCUCUAGAAUUUAUUCCUAGGUAACAGCAUACCAGAGUUACUAUUAAAAAAAUAAAUUAUUAAAAUAUAUACAUUUUCAAGGUGAUGUGUGUUUUCUCUUUGCUGACUUGUAUAUAUUUUCAUCUAGGACGGAACCUACUCGUUUUCUGUUAAAGUUUAAUCCUUCCCUCAAAGCUGUAGACAACAUAGAGAAAAACACUGCAUUGCACUGGGCUGUUGUAUCAGGAAAUGUUAGUGCUGUAGAUGUGUUGCUAGAAGCUGGGUCGAGUCUGGACAUCAAAAAUAUCAAGGUAUGAGUUUGUUUUCAUCAAUAAAGAGCCUCCUGGCUAUUAAAAUCACAAUACAGUUUUCAAAGCACAGCUUCAGGGCUACAGUCUUUUUCCAUCAAAAGCAAAAAUAUCUUUAUUUCUGUUUCAAAGCAAAGAGCAAUGCUAGCCACAAGAGUUAUGCUGUUCUGUUCUGCUCCAUUCUGUUUCCUGAAAUCACAGAUAAUAUUACUCCCCAUGGUGGUCAGAAGUUCUAUAUAUGUGCAUCUAGAUGCCUCACCUGUACAUAAGCAUGGUUAGCACUGUUGUUGUAAUAAUAAUAAUAUAAUAAUAAUUUAUUAUUUAUAUCCCACCCAUCUGGCUGAGUUUCCCCAGCCACUCUGGGCGCUUCCAGUCAAAUAUUAAAAACAACGUUGUUGCUAACUAUUUAUAUAAGCCAUCCAACAACAUUGGUUACCUGGGCAGCUCACAAGAAAUAAAAGAAAAAGAAUCAUAUUGAACUGUUUAUUUGCUAUAGUAUAGUGGCUUGGAGCGUGAGUCAGGAAGUCCCUGGUUCAUCUUAAACUCACAAAAUAGCUUUAUCUCCCUGCUUCAGUGUCCAUCUACAGUAUUGGGAUAAUAAAAACUUUACAUUACAGGGUUGUAAAGAUUACUGCAAUUGUGUGUUGUAAAGUACUUUGUAGUGUUUGGAAUGCUGAAGAAAUGUUGGGUGAGAUCCAAAGGAUUCCAUGACUGUGCAACCAAGAGGGCUUAGGGCUUGUGUUUCUUGGAACAGUGGCCACACUCUCCAUGCCAUGUGGAUAACCACUUUUGAAUCUGUUGGUGCCUUCAAAAGUAGGUUGUGUUAUGACAUGGCAGUCUGUGAUAUGGCAUGGAAAAUGUCAUGGUAGUCUGUGAUAUGGCAUGAAAACGUCAAUUCCAUGGAUCAUGCCCAGGUCCUUUGGCACAUCUCUCUGAGUUGCAUUCAACACUACACCAGCAGGAUUUCAUGGGCACAGUGGGACUUCCAUUUCUUUUCCUUCUCCCAUGCCCCCCCUCCUGCUCCAGAGUGUUCCCCAACCCUUAGGAGCUUAUUUUGAGGGCAUGUGGGAAACGAGUGGAAAGGAGAGGCAGAGGCAGUUCAGUGGCAUGCAGGGAAGUUCCUUGCGUGAGUGGAGCUGCUGUGUUGGAUAUGGUCCUUUGGAUACUAGCUGUUAAUAUUACUAUUAUUACUUUAAGAAAUACUUGUAGAGGAAAACACCACAUUCACCUGUAUGGCUGUUCUGUUCGAAAAAAUGAAGUAGUGUAGCUUCAUAAUUAUUUGUGAGGGAAAUCAAUUUGAGGAAAUUUUUGUGAAGAGGAUAAGUGGUCAUCUUUUGUGGAGUGCGGGGAGAGAAAUAGCUUAUUAUUAGAACAGGUAGAACACCUGGCCUCUAAAAACACCUGUUUUCUUUAUGGCAGCCUUUGACAACCUGGGGCCCUCCAGAUGUUUUUGCACUACAACUCCCAUUGCCCUAGCCAGCACAGUUGUAUGUGAAUUGUGGUUUUAAAUAGGGUAGCUGAAUAAAUACGAGAUUUUGACAGUAAUUCAACCAUACACAUAAACCGAAGUAUAAUAUGGUAGAUCUCAAGGCAAUUGAGUGUAGCAUUACAAUACAUGAUAAGGGCAUUUAAUCUGUGCUCCUGUUGUUUUGCAGAAUACUUAAAAGCAUUCUCCUGUUUGAGUAUCCUGGUAUAUCUCUCGGGAUUUUAGCACUACUUAAUUUUAACUUUGUUUGGAGCUAGGACUGCAUGACAUAUAGAGAGGGCUGCUAUUUGUAGUGCUGAUGUUACAAUAGUUCAUUUAUUUCUCAUAAUUGGAUUCAUUUGCACAAAGCUAAUAUAUCUGUUAAUCUCCUCACACCGUUUAACUUUUAAACAUUUCCAUAAGUUUCUCUUCUUACAAGGUAAACUUAAGGGUUUGUUUUGUCAAGCUUCUUUAGAACUAAGGUUGCCAACAUGGUGCCCACGAGCUCACGUGUGGCCACAGAGGCAUUCCCUGACACCUGCAGGGUUGCUGACAUUAGGCCUGAAAUAAGCAUUCUGUUGUGAUCAAUAGAAGACGUUGUGCUAUGUGCUUGCUUGCAGUGUGUGUGUGUGUGUGUGUGUGCGUGCGCGUGCGCGCUGCCCACAACAGUUUCUCCAGUUUGCAAAUGGACCAUGGGCGCAAAAAGGUUGACAAGUCCUUCUGUAGAAUAGCCCCAGUCUAAAUAUAACACUUAGGACUGUCAGGUAGUUGGAAUUCUAAACUGAAGUAGCUACAUAACCUUUUUGAUCUUUCCUUCCUCGUACUUGGUUUUUAAAGAACUUUAAAACUUUUUAUUUGAAGGGCGAGAGGCCGGUUGACCUUGCUCAUCAAACUAAAAAUCACUUACUUGUUCAUCUGCUUUGUGAAGAAGAAAAACUGAGAGCCAGAAAAAAUUCCAGGUUUCUGAGGAUUCUGGGAAAGUAUGAGGUAUUGUACAGUGAGACACAUCUUGGCAUGCAGCAGUGCGCUUUUAAAGAAAACCUAUUUGAGUUAGGAAUGCUUGCAGAUUCCCACUUACUGCUUAGGCUGGAAUUGAACCAGGACUUGAUAGAAUUUGCUGGUUGAGUCAACCUCAAAAAAUGAACGGUGGAGGCAAAGUUUAUGAAAGCAAGGAGAACGUGUAGCUGGGAGAGAAACCUCGUGAUGGGUUUAGGAAAAGUAAGAUCUUGUGUAUUGUUGGUAGAAAGAAAGGGGACAAUUAGCAGACUCAAGGAAUGCAGGGUUGUUGGUUCAGACCAUUGGAGGCUUCCUUUAAAUUUAAAGGAAGAGAAAAUUGCUCCCGAUGUGCUUUCUCUAACACAGUUGCUCUGUCAUGGGGAAAGUCAAAUAAGGCAAAGUCUCCUAUUCUUUGACAGCCACAAGAGUCCUCUUAGGGUCUGAACCUUGCAACUGUAAGUGAGUAUUAAGGUCAAAGAGACAAACAAGGUAGUGGGCGUACAAUCACAUACAGUGGUACCUCGGGUUACAUAAGCUUCAGGUUACACACUCCGCUAACCCAGAAAUAGUGCUUCAGGUUAAGAACUUUGCUUCAGGAUAAGAACAGAAAUCAUGCUCCGGUGGCGCGGCAGCAGCAGGAGGCCCCAUUAGCUAAAGUGGUGCUUCAGGUUAAGAACAGUUUCAGGUUAAGUACAGACCUCUGGAACUAAUUAAGUACUUAACCCAGGGUACCACUGUACUUAUUUAAACACACCAGCCAAAUACUUGGCUAUGGUUCUCUAAUCAUAAAGUUGUGGGGUGUUUUUUUUUUAAAAAAAUGCAUCUAUUGAGCUUCAAUAUUUUGCACGAUUUAAAAAAAACUUUAAAUGAUUGUUAUCUGGCUGGGAAGAGGGAAAUUGUACUUCUGGGAUCUUGCUCCCCACCGACAGAGGCAGAAGUCAAGUGAAGAGAUGUACACUGUGCUUUUUUCCCUAGAAAAAUAGGUGCUGGUACUCACCAUGAAGUUGUUACAGCAAGUGCCACACUUGCAACAACAUACAGAGGUGUUGGUACUGAGUACCCCCUGGGAAGCACUGGGUGUACCUGAGAGAUGCCAGAUAGGUUCUACUUUCUAGCUGAUAAGUUUCUGAGUUGUGAGAUACGAUUUUUCUCUCCCCUUCCUAUUCUUCAGCAUCAGCUUAUUCUGAUCUGUUUUCCGACUUUCACAUGUUGUUCCCUCCAUACCAUGUUAUUAUGAAACUGAUACUAUUUUAUUUUAUUGUAGUUCUUACUCUUGCUAGUGUCAUCGUUGGCGUUGAUAUGGGCUAUAGGAUAUGUAGCGGACUUAAAUUCAGAUUCGUGGCUGUUGAAAGGAAGCUUGCUAGUCUUCAUAUUUGUUAUCAUGUCCCUGAUUGCAAGGUAGGUGCCCCUAGCUUCCUUGUGGUUAUUUCUACAUUGCAAAGAGUUAUGCUUUGUGUUCCUGGAAGAUCAACAAGGAACUCAUUUUAAGUUAAAGGGAAAACACAUGCUUAUGCAUGGCCUGGUUAAGAUGCUCACCUCCUAAAUUAUGAGCCACAACAAGCGUUGCCCUCUUUCAUGAAUAAGAUGGUAGUCUUUCAAUAAUAUUAAUUGUGGCACUUGGAGUAUUGGAUGGAGAGAUGGCACUGAAUAGAAUCCAAAGGGAAAAAGUUCUGCUGGACAAACUAGGGCUUUCUUGCACAGAAAUUACUUUCAUAGUGAAAAAUGUGUCAUUGAUUGGCUACAUGCAGCAGUAAUUGACUGCAGCUUCCCACAAUGUGUGCACCAGGUGGAUGCACAAGACAUGUCAUGUCUCUAGCACUGCUUACAAGUGAUUACAUAUAUUUUGAAAGUUUCUAUUGUAUAGAAAAAAUAGAAUUGUGUGAAACAGCCUUGGAACAUUAUUCAAAUCUACAUCAGUGUAAACAGUGUAUUUUAAGUCUCUCUCUCUCUGUGUGUGUCUGUCUGUCUGUCUUUCUCUCUUUCUCUGUUUGUUUGUUUGUUUGUUUUGGGGUGGGGGAUUUAGGAAGGCUCAGUUGAGACAUCACAGGAAACUGUGGUUUCCCAUCUUGUAGAUAAGCCUUCAUGAGCUUUGGGACUCCUCAUCCCCUGUCUUCAUGGAAGAGGGAAAUAAUGAAAGCUUCUAAUUCAGUUUAGAACAAACUGCAGUUCUGUGUUACAUAUAAACUCAGAACUGUCGUUUGAGUAACCUGAAAAAUAAAUUUGCUGAAUAUUUUUAAAUAUUAUUUUUAAUGUUUGAAUGUCAUGUGUUAUUUUGAAUGUUUAAAUGUUGUAUACUUCAUGGAAAUAUUUUUCAAAUUUCCUUUUCAGGCAGUUUGUAGGAGUCAACAAACUACAAUAUUUCCCAUUAGCAUUCUUGCUUGGUUCUGUCUUCUGGAUAUCUUGGACCUGUUUCAUCUUGUUCCUGCCUGAUAUCCUUUGUGUUUUAUUGCAUAGAAGAAACACUGGUCUUGUUCUUUCAGAUAUUAAAAUGCUUUCAUUCUCUAGAAAUCUUAAGAAAUUUUUAACAUUUUUAUAGGAAGCUGCUAUAAGACAUUUGUUGAGGUGGAAACAUAAAAUACAGUUUUCAAUGUACUGACAGCUUGGGGCAAUAGGUGGGCUUUUUCUUAUCAAGGAAGAGUCAUGUUUCUGCAACAUGUACCACCGCCCAUCUGUCAGGGCUGUUGGCCUCUGACAACACUGAUGUCUUGCUAUGCCGUCAAAGGAAAGGAAAGCAGAUACCGCCAAUGAAUCCAGUAGUUUCCCCUUGUCUUUAACUGGAAUACAGUCCGCAUCGCCUCCUUCUCAACAGCAUCCUUUCCCCAUAUAUGUAGGGUAGAUAAAAUACAGGUAAUUUAUUCCUACGGGGUUUGGGUGAAUACUAGCAAAGCAUUACCAACACACAGUGAGAGAAUGGUGUAAGCAGCCCGAUGUGUUGAUAUACUGUGCGAAAGAUUAGCCAUGUUUUGGUAGACAACAGCUAGGUUGCAGCAUAACAAACAUCUCUGUCUCCACAUUGCCUUUAAGUUUGUCCUAGUAUAACAGUAUGUUCUUACUUGCAGCUGCUGUAUUUUGCAUAGAAUUGCUAAUUCACACAGCUGCAUUGUGCGAGUGACAUGAUUCUGAUAUUCAUAUAUUGUAUUUUCAGCCCUCUAUUUUGCUUAGCUUCUGCACAUGGGGCUUUGUUUUUUAUGAAAAGGGAUAACAGAGAUUCGGCAGCAACAAUAAUUACUGUUUUAAGCCAUCUUUAAUCUGUUCUAGUACUAGAUAGCAUUUCAAUGUUAAUUACUUCAUUUCUCAAGUGGUAUUUUCUUUUUGCAUGGUUUCUAAUGAGAUCUCAUUAAUACAAUUAUCUGGAUUAAUUCCUGUGAACUGCUUGGGCAUGUUCCAGCUAAAAUGCAUGCAUAUAUUUGCUUGGCUUCUAAUAAAGAUACUUUAUAGUAGUGGCGCUACUGCUGCUUCAGUGUUAUGAUGUUGUGGUUUAUUUACAAUUUUGUAAAUAUUGUUAUUGUAGCAUGCUUUGCAGGCAUUAAGGCAUCCAUUCAACUUUGAAGCGUAGCUUGGGCUGGAUCUAGGCACAUCAAAGAAGCGUUUCAGUUUAAAGCAUUGUAAAUUUAAACGGAAAACAAGUAGAGAAAAAUGGGACUCCACAUCGCCAUCUGGUGGCACAAUGUUAUAUUGCUUAUGAUGUUGUUGUCGUUUAGUCGUGUCCGACUCUUUGUGACCCCAUGGACCAGAGCACGCCAGGCACUUAUAUUGCUUAUACAAUGCAUAUAAAUGGCUUUUUCUUUACCAGUCUAGCUGAGUCCUUGGAGAGGGAUGCUUAAUAUGCAGCAAUACAUGAAUUUGGGAAGCAUAAAAAGAGCCUUCUUAGGUCAUAACAAAGGCUCAUCUAAGCCAGCACCUUCUUAGACAUAUUCCUUAACUGGAGCUUACAUUUUUCAGGCACAAUUUCUCGGCUUCCCUUCUUUCUUGGUAUCGUGGGUCUUUUCUAUUAUUUAUACAAAACUAUCAGAACUGAUCCUGGAUUCAUUAAGACUACAGAAGAAGAGAAUAAAAAGGUAUUUUUUGCUUGCAUCAAAUGUAUGCCAUGAUUUCCUAUAAUACAUUGUAUUUUUUAUACAUUUGUCACCUGAGAACAAUGCAUUUUGGAGAUACUUUACUUAGCACUUUCCUCGUAAUGUAAAUAUUCACUACCAUUGAUAGCAUUGAUAGCAACUUGGGGAAAAUUGUGAGAGUAUAGCAAGGAAACAUUUCCGUACUUCAAGAAAAUAGGAACUUGUUUGCUUGUGUCAACUAUACACGGACAAGUAAAAAGGCUUUCCAGGGCCAUAAUAAUGUUGGGGAUACUUCCCAGUUUCAGAAACACUGCUCCAGCAUCACACUUCUUUGCCAGCAACAUUCUUCCACUCUUUUGUUACACACACACAGCACUAAGAUACUGUAAACUUUUAAGGCUCUGGUCAUUUAAAGCUGAAAGGAUCCAGGAAGGGGUGUGGAGAAGCUUCUGAUACUAAUCAGGCAGAGAUAAACUGCUUUAGAUUGGGAUGUCAUGGCUGCCUUGAAAGGAAUGAAAAUCCCACUCCCAGCACCCAAAGUGGGGUUACAGAAGUAUAUAAAAGUAAAUGUAGGAUCUCUCAAUGAUGAUGCCAUUAUGAGGAUUCACAAAAAAAAGAUAAAAUGAUUGCAAAAUAUCUGUCUUUCAGAAUAUUAUUAAUCUUGGAGAAUCUGGCUCCUUGGAUUUCAGAACCUUUUGCACAUCGUGUCUUGUAAGUCAUGCUUUGUUCUAGUAUUGAUUUUUUUUUAAUUCCACAGAUAUAUCUUUAAUUUGGUAUAUAAGAAAUUACACACACACAAAGUGUGUCUGCACAGGUGUGCCUUUAUGGCUAUUCUAGAAUGACACCAGAAGCAUGGGUGCUCCUCCUUCUAUUCUUCAGCUGGUCAGCAAACAUCUAAGCACAAGGGCCAAGUGUUGGCGGAGGCCUUCUUGCACAAUUCCUUCCUGCUUGCUCUUGAGACUAAAACCAAGGAGCCCAGUACUAUGGCAGGAGUCCUAAGUGUUCUAAUAGCCAGGAUGGAUCAAAUCAAAGGUGCCCACCAGAAGUUUGCAAGCAACAGCACUUGCAGAUCAGCAGUUUUGUUUUUGUGGAGUCUGAUUUCAGGUUGACCACAUCCCAGAGGAUGUGUGGAAUGUGCAUGCAUACCCCAUUCAAUAUACAGUGGUACCUCAGGUUAAGUACUUAAUUCGUUCUGGAGGUCCAUUUUUAACCUGAAAUUGUUUUUAACCUGAAGCACCACUUUAGCUAAUGGAGCCUCCUGCCACCGCUGCAUCGCCGGAGCACAAUUUCUGUUCUCAUCCUGAAGCAAAGUUCUUAACCCGAGGUACUGUUUCUGGGUUAGCGGAGUCUGUAACCUGAAGCGUCUGUAACCCGAGAUUUUUUUUUGCAGCCCGAUCCUGCAAGCUGCUCUGCUGUCUUGACAGCUCAUGAAAUAGGGGUUACAAGACCUGAUAGGAGUGCCAACAAAAGUGGUCCAUCAGUGGCAACAAACAGCUCUUGCAGCCUGCUUGUUGGCCUUGGCCUGCAUUCAGAUUUAAAACCCUUUCCCCAAAGGUAAUAGGCGUCUUCAGAAUGGUAUCCUUUAUGUUACAUGAAUGGGAACUUCCUUCCUUCCCGCCUCCCAUUCAUACGUGGAAGCACUUUGCAUGUGCACACAGGCUUCUCUGAAUCAAACCAAGCCAUGAUCUUGGCCACCCAAAGUGGUGGCUCAUAUUGUUGGGUUUUGUGUGGUUUUGUAAGUAAACAAGGAUGAAGAUUUAAAGCUAAUCAGGACAUCUGUGAAUAUAUUGUCUGAAUCAUGAGUUAAUUACUUUCCCCUGCAUUCUUCCCAAGGUGAAAAAACCUUUGAGAUCCAUGCAUUGCCACACUUGCAACUCAUGUGUAGCUAGAUAUGACCAGCAUUGCAUUUGGAUUGGACGAUGCAUAGGUGAGCUUAUUUUAGCAGAACUAGAAGUCCGUUGUUAGUGCCAGGAAUGUUUUUGGAGACUUCAAAGCAGAGCCCUUAAUACAUCAUGUAGAGAAACUUUAGUAGUUGAGUGCUAUGUGAUGGGAUGUUGACAAGCUGCACAGGGAACCGCAACCAGUUAGAAUGUAAGAGUAGUUUCAUAUGCACAUUGCACAGUUUGGGUAUUGUUAAAAAGCUUGGCUUGAAGUACUUAAAAUACAUUUUAUGUAGUUUUGGGCUGAAAUCCUAUACAUAUAAAAGUCAGCCUUACUGAGCUUUUCAGAGUAAACAUGCACAUUUCUGUUCUGUUAACACUACCAUGAUUUGGGUGGGAUCUCAAAUGGCCAACUCCUGAAUUCUUACAGCAGAAAACAUGUAGAACUUUAGUUAUUAAUUUCCCUGAACUAGUUUUGCUUCCAUGAAUUACUGGGUGCAUUUUUUGAUGACUGGGGAUACGGUGUGGAAGAAUUGCCUUGUGGCUGUGGUAUAAACAAAUCCUUACUAACUUUUCUAAUCUAGGUGUUGGCAACCAUUCUUAUUUUGUCCUGUUUCUCACUUUCCUGACAAUGGUGAAUAUCUGGGCACUGUACGGAACAAUUCUGUGUAUGUAUUCCCUACACUUAUUUCACUAAUUAGUUUGACACAAACUGCUACAUAUUGAUACCUAGCCCUGUAUUGAGUAGCACUUUAGAAAAUUCCACUGUCUCAUGUUCCAGCUAAAAAUGUUUUUUUAAAAAAAACUCUGGAGUCCUAAUCUGGAAUAUGUAAAGUUGAGAUCAGGAGAAAUUACCAUGUGAACAAUUCUACUUGCAAAAUGUAUAGCUUCUGACAUACACACACAAAAUAUUAUGUAAAUGGCAAUGGAACAAAUGGAGGUUACCUUUUGUUAGGGAAGCUUGUUCACGUUGAGCAAUAUCUCUCCCUAAAGCUUUAAUUUUCAAUUCAAAGAGUUCUGCUACAAAUAGAUCUUUGACCCUGGCCGCACUGAGAGAACGGCACUCCCUAUUUAUCUUUACAUUCAGCUAUUCCUGUGGGUUGUUAAAUAUGUGAACAAUACUUUUGUAGUAAAUGUACAGAUUGGAUCUUGUGGGUAGCUCACCAUCAUCUGUUCUCAAGCAACCUUUUUUAAAAACUGAAAAUAAAAAUUCCUUGUCCUAGAUUGGUCAGAACACUGCACAACAACAUACUGGGAAGAUGGAGCAUGGACUUCCUUCACGCAGAUUGUGUCUUGUUCUCCAUGGGUGUUGUACAUUUUCACACUAAUAUCUUUUCACACGUCAUGGGCUAUGUUGUUGCUAAUCCUUCAGCUCUAUCAGGUACUGUUUGAUUUUAUCUAAGGUUUAGUCCUAAAGGUUUUUCAGUUGUAAUCCUUCUUCAGCAACCUACCCUUGCAUCCCUAUAAUUAAUAUCUCAAUACUGAACCUCAGUUUUGUGUGUAGAUCUAAUAAUAAUAAUAUAUAAUAAUAAUUUAUUAUUUGUACCCCGCCCAUCUGGCUGGGUUUCCCCAGCCACUCUGGGCGGCUUCCACAAAGACCAAAAAUACACUAAUAUCCACAAACAUCUCAAACCAGUAGGUGCCAAUCAAGAGUGUAUCUGUGAAUCAGUACAUCUGCAACAAAAUGUUAGUGCAGAGUGCUUCUGUUCUGUUAGUCAUCCACACCUUCCUUCAUGAUAUUUCAUUCUGGUUUCCCUCCCAAAACAAUUCCGUGGCUACUGAAAUUCUCAUUGGGCUGUUUUGGAGGGCUCCGUUCCCUGUCCAUUUCUCCCCCCCAAAAGACUUUUUGUACUUCUCCAGGCCUUGGAGUUCCUCCAGGCCUGCUGAUACCCUUCUUGUGUGUUUUGGCUACAUAAAGAUCCACACUCACCUCUGAAGUUUGGAUAUAGAUAGAAUGAUGAUCCUGUAAUCUAAGUUAUUAUGGAAAUGCAGCAGCUCAGAGGAUUGGAUAGUAGCUUCAGCACUGGCACAAGAGACAAACUGGUGUCCCAGUGCCAGAGAUGGGACUGGUUCCAACUCUAAUCCCAGCACACCAGCAGCCAAUAUUGCACAAGUCCUCCACUUAAUGUGAUUGUACAACAGAGUUGCUCUCAUUUUCAGUCAUCCCCUGCCCUGGUGUGUAGCAUGCCCGGUUUGCUCUUAAUUGCCCUACUUCCAUAUUUGGGAUCUUGCUCUAGCUGCAGGAUCGCAAACUGCAGCAAGUAAACUAGACCUUUAAAGUUGGGCUGUUAGUUUAAGGUUCACAUGCAGCAAAUGCUUGUUGAGAAUGUUAUGUUCGGAUGCAAGGACUUGAGAGAAAAAUAGUCCCGUUGCCAGUUUCUAAAAAUAGGGUAUGAAUAAUUGAUCCUGCCCAGUGGAGUGGCUAGUGCUGAACUGAACACUGUCGGGCAGCUCAGCUGUGCAUCAUUGUUCCAUGCUAAACCCUUUAUGACCUUUGAAGAUAGCUGCCUGGGAGCAUUAAGUCACCUUUUCCUCUUCUUUAUUUUUGUGCCAUUACAAAUCAAGGAUGCCAGCUUGGCUGCAUAAGUAGCCACUUGUGCGCUCAUUUUCAGCCAAGGAACGAGCAUGGAAAAGUGUACUAGCAACAAAUACAUAAACUGGUCAUCUUAGCUCAUUUUCUUUAAGCUGUGAUCAAGCGGAAUGUGCUGAACAUCAUGAGCACAUUCAACCUAAGGAGGAGGGGAUUCUGUAGCCUCCCUCCCACUGGCAAUUAUUUCUGGCAUGAGUCUGAGAUUCUGAGAUCUACCCUUCUCUUCUCCUGAUUUUGACUCUUUUGAACUGUGCAUAUGGGGCAAUGAUUGGAGAUGUGUUUCUAGUUGAGCUAUUAAAACUGCACAGGGGGAAAAAUACAUGAUCUUAAGUAAGAAUGCCUGCUUACAGAAUUUAGUUAAGAUUGAUACUGUUCUUGACUUGGUGAAGUUGCUGAAUAAUUAAUAGCAUUACACAGAAAGUGAUUCAAGCACACAGUUCUAACAGCUUGGUAUUGAGACCUCUGUCAAUAGUUUAGGAUGGUGAACCCAGCAUUAAUUGUUAGUGGUACCGCUCUCACAGUUUUCCACUGUUAAUAUGCUUUUAACUGAAAGGGGCCCUGUUUUUUAUGGCUUCAUUAAAAUACCGUAUUUUUCGCUAUAUAUAUAUGACAUACCAGACCAUAAGACGCACCUAGUUUUUGGAGGAGGAAAACAAGAAAAAAAAUAUUCUGAAUCUCAGAAGCCAGAACAGCAAGAGGGAUUGCUGCGCAGUGAAAGCAGCAAUCCCUCUUGCUGUUCUGGCUUCUGUGAUAGCUGCGCAGCCUGCAUUCGCUCCAUAACACACACACACAUUUCCCCUUACUUUUUAGGAGGGAAAAAGUGUGUCUUAUGGAGCGAAAAAUAAGGUACUUCAUUUCUUUCCGUAUUCUUCCUGAAUUGCAUGUAAUAGGCAAUUUCCUUUUUUGUGUGUGUGUUUUGUUUCUUUCAAGAUUACCUUUCUUGGAUUGACCUCACAUGAGAGGAGUGCCCUCUGGAAGCAGAGUAAGCGUUCAAAGCAUCCCGUUUCACUCAGGAAAACUCCAUAUAAGUAAGUAACUUUUGUCCCCAUCAUCCCAAGCCAAUAUGCCUUCAACUUCUAGAGACCACAAGAUUAGGGAAGAGUUGCUGGGAGAGUUUCUGUUUCAUGUCUGCAUCACUCGCAUGAUAUAGAGGGGACCUCCACCUAACGGUGCAUAAGAACCAUGUUGCUUUGAAGCAUCUGCAGUGACCUUGAGAAACAAAGCUGUUAUUCAUUCCCUCCACCAUCACCCCUCAAACUGGGAUGUUCAAGGAUGUACAGUCUUUACCAAAGGUGUCAUGGACUUUGAAGACACUCAAGCUCAGGACCAAAGGGAGAAAUGUGCUAAGAGGAAGGCACGUUUGGCAAACCCUCACCAUGAUCAACUCCUGCCUGGAAACCUGUGUCCCUACUGUGGAAGGAAGUGUGGAUCCAGAAUUGGCCUCCACAGUCACUUAUGGACUCACUGUUAAGAUGUGUUCAUGGAAGACAAUAUUUCUCGGCUACGAGUGAUCUCCAAAGAAGAAGAAGAGAGAUCUCAGUCUUGAGCUGGAUCCAUUCAUCCAUGGCAAGGACUUGCAGACUGAAAUAGACCACAAGCUUGCAUUCCUUUCCUGGAUACAGUUGAUAGCUCUUCUAAUAUCUGUUUUCAUAGAUAUUCACAAGAGUCCAAUGCCUUUAUUAGAACCAACCAAUGUGUCCCAAAAUUUGUCAGAAACCUUUUUCAGAAAUAUGGGGGACGCUGUUUAGUUUUAAUGUUGUUUCUGUGUUGUAAAACUUUGUCACAUAUCGCUAAAUCUGAUCGAUUUCUUUUAGCGUAUAAAUACAUUACUUAUGUCCAUUUUGAGUACCUUGGAAGUAUGUAAAGGCCAGUGUGGAAGUGCCAUACUGUAUAUACAAACCAGUAUCUCUAUAUGGGGCAUAUAUGACUAUAGCCGCAUGUUGAGAAACUAGUUCUCACAAACAGCCCCUUCACAGGAGUGCCGCUCAGCAGUCCCCUUCUCCUUCCAGGACAUUUCCCUGUUGCCAUCAUAAAUGUUUCAAACACUUUGUUUAUUAGCAAAACAAGGGAAAAUAUUUCCACUCUCAUUGUGUUGUUCUCUUCCCCUUCCUAGCUAUGGCUGCCUUCAGAACCUAGCAGACUUCUUCCAGUGUAGAUGCUUUGGAAUGUUCAAGCCCAACAUCAUUGACUGGACUAAGCAGUACACGCUAACGUUUCAUUCAUUGAAGGAUAGAAAUGUUCACGCCGUGUGAAGAUAACCUACAUCCAGUCCUUGGGAAUCAGCUGGAAGCUGAAAUAAAUAUGGAUAUUUGGUAUACAUUUUACAGUUUGCAACUUACUUCGGAAUUUCCUUUGCUAUAUUUGUAUCGCUGUUAUUUUGGGAAAGGUUGUUUUAUGUGAACAAACUGCAGCAAAGUGGAUAAUGCAGUGGGACAACUGUAGUUCAUAUAUUAAAUCUUCCAAUAGGUUGGAAGUAAGUACAACUGUGAAAUGUCACUUUUCAAAUUGCUAAUGAAAGGCCUUUUUUAUAAAGCAGCCUGGAAAUCCUAGCCAUUGUUGUUCUUACGUGUCCAUUAAAAUUUGCACUUGAUAAUUAAGGGUGGGGAGAGAUGCUUUGAAUUUCAAAAUAUUUUAGUAUAUGAAAACUGAUUUGUAACUUGAACUGUCUCUUUGAUCUGUAAAUCUGUAUAUAAGGGCUGUUUAGAUUUAAUAUAUUCAUGCUCACAUUUAUUAAAUUAGAAAAUUUUUGU